AAAGUAGCAAUUCUGAUUAUCAGCCACGAAGGUCGAAAGCACCGGGAAGAGACGAAAGCUCGCGGUACGCGGGUGUGCUUCAAAUUCUUGUAACUAGUUAGACGUGGGAAAAUGAAAAAGAACUAUCCUGACCAUGGAGCUAGAAAGUAUAAGCAUGGUCGGCUGGUAGAGGAAUCAGCUGCCAAUAGCGUUGGGUCUACACUCAACGAUAGUAUCGAACCGGAGAAUAGUAAAAAAUAAAAACACUUAUUCAGUGUUCGCAGGUGAUUUACAUACCAUGUUUAUACAUAUAAAUUCGAUAUUAAUAUCUACAUGAAUAUGUAAAAAUCCAUGGAGAACUAAACAUGAGUAACCCCUAAUUAUUGUACUACUGAUAUACAUGUAUUUCAAUUGGUCUGGGAUCUCAUCGCAUAAGCUGAAUGAUUUGGAAUUAGCCUCUGAUGUGAAUUACAAUCAAUCUCAAAGUGAUCAUUGAAAUGGAUUCCAAAGAAAGUGAACUUCUGAUCAAACCUGCAACCAACAAUGUUAUUGUUGAACUAAUUUCCACUGAGAAAUGUGCCGCAGCAAGUAUCAAUUCUGAAAACUUGGCAACAGAGAAAAAUAAUGCCUCGCAUAAGCUCAACGAUCCAACAGAAGCUCUGGAUACAAAAGAAACAACAGCACUGAACGAACAGGAAGCUGAUUGUAUGGAAAAUACAGAAAAUUCGGACCAGCAAAAGGCAUUAAGUUUCAAAACUCCACAUCUGCUGAUUGGUCCCAGGAAAAGAAAACUUGGGAAGCUACGCACCUUAUCUCAUACCUCGUCCACCGUAAAAGAGGAAAAUAAAGAUUCUCCUGAGAAACUGGAGUCGGUGCAUAAUACAGAAGAAGAGGCAGAGAAUGAGAAAGAACCUAUAGACUCCAAUCAUCCCAAGCAAGAACAGACAGCUUCUCUUGAAAUUCCAAAAGAAAAGCAGGUGAUUUUACCAUACAGAGAGCCAGUAUGGGGAGGGGUGCCAUUAAAAAAGUACAAAUUGGAGAUUUUAAAAUCUGGAGUGAUUUUAGAAACAGUGGACUUGACUCAGAAAAGUUAUUAUGUUUUUGGGAGGUUACCUGUUUGUGAUAUACCGUUGGCACAUCCCACUAUUUCCAGAUACCACGCCGUCAUUCAGUAUAGAUUAAAAGGAGAUGAUAAAAAUCCAAUGGGAUUAUAUUUGUAUGAUCUUGGAAGUACUCAUGGCAGUUUUUGGAACGGACAUCGCAUGAAGUCCAAUAUGUAUGUUCGACUACGCAGUGGUCAUAUGAUACGAUUUGGAUGUAGCCAAAGAAAAUUCAUCAUUCAUGGACCUACCGAAGAUGAGGAAGAGGAGACUGAACUAACACUUACAGAGUUGAAGGAAAAUCGAAGAUUAGAAUUAGCAGAGCGUGAGCGGAGGGAAAGAGAGGAACUGCUGAGGAUAGAAGAGGAAAAACGAUUGAGAAAAGAGAAGGAGGAAAAUGAAGGAAUUGAUUGGGGAAUGGGAGAAGAUGCAGACGAGGAAACCGAUUUAUCAGAAAAUCCUUACGCAGCCACAAAUAAUGAAGAACUGUUUUUAGAUGAUCCAAAAAAAACUCUCAGAGGAUGGUUUGAAAGAGAAGGCUUCGAUCUGCAAUAUCAGACCGAAGAAAAAGGCAUUGGGCAAUUUCUUUGCUGGGUCGAUCUUCCAAUUGACAAUAUAACUGGUAAAUCAAUACGUGCGGAAGCUUUAGUGAAAGGAAAAAAAAAAGAGUCCGUUAUUCAAUGUGCACUAGAAGCAUGCAGAAUUUUAGAUCGACAUGGUGUUCUCAGGCAGGCGCAUCAUGAGGCCAGAAAAAGGAAAGCAAAGAACUGGGAAGAAGAGGAUUUUUAUGAUUCGGAUGAAGAUAAUUUUCUUGACAGAACUGGCUCAAUUGAGAAAAAACGAUUGCAGCGAAUGCGAAUGGCUGGCAAAUUGGAAGAUACAGUUGAAACCUAUACAUCCUUGCUAGAAAAACAUAAAGCCGUUGUGAAACAAAUUACAGAUAUUGAAAAAAAUCUGCACAGUGCUCAAAAACAAAAAGUUGCAGAAGUUAAUAGUUCAGACGAAGAUGCACUGGAUACAUUCAUGUCUAACCUGAAUUCAGUUGUACCAAAUAAGAGUGAAACAAUCAAAAUGAAACUCGAACUUCAAACGCUUAGAAAAGAGGAGAUGAGGCUAAUAAACUUAGUUAACAUUGCAAAGCCUGCAAAUUUACCACCGCUGAAACCUCAAAAAACUGCAGAAUUUGAUGAAAAGAGAGAUAAAAAGAUUAUUAAGGCAUCACCUCUGAUUGGCACCAAAAACAAGUUGAAACCUCUGAAAACCUCAACAAAAUUGGUCCCAAGUUCUUUGCAUGAUGCUGAAGAUAAAAAUGAGGCCAAUGAAGAUGCAAUGGACGUAUCUGAGUACGAAACGGAAUUGAUAGAAGCAUAUAAGUCAAAGCUAGUAGAACACGAUAGAUUGGAUAACGUUGAUAAGGUUACCGAAGUUCGAAGCAGUCCCUCAGAAAUAACUGAUUCUCAACAAUCAGUGACGAAAUGUGAGGAAAAAAAAAUGGAUGAGUUAGCUGAAUCAAAUUCAUCUAAAGAAGAAGAGCGGAUCAAAGAGGAACUGGAUCUACAAAAACGAAAGAAGAGGAAUCAGAAAAGGAUGCAGCAACGUAUGGAUAAAGCCGAAAAAGAGAAGCAAAAAGGAUAUCAAGAAGAUAAGUUCAAAGAGGAUUAUUCGAUGUGGAUUCCACCACAAGAUCAAACAGGGGAUGGGAAAACCAAUCUCAAUGACAAAUUUGGAUAUUGAUCACAGAUGAAAGACAUCAUCGAAUUUAUUUCUCUAUCCAGUGGACAUCACUUGAUCCAAUUUGGAUAAUUAAUCAUAGUUUACACUUUUGUAAAUAGUUUGUAUUUUUCUGGACAAAUAAAAUAAUUUGUCAAGAAA